GGCCAGGGCUUGAGGGCGAGAGGCGGCAUAGCGGCCGACCGCCACUGCGCUGGCUGCUGCACCGCGGGACGCGUCUGGUUCUUCGGCAAUCUGGAAAUCUUACGAAGAUAUCCCGGCAUUAUGUUCUGCAGAACUAGUAUUUGGCUCAUCUGCAUUUUAAUGGCGGUAGUCAUAGCUACCGACUUCAGUGACCCAGAUUACAACACCACAGAAUACGAUCCAGAGGUCACAGUCGAUCAUUUAAAAACUGACGAAUUACAAUCGCCCCCGACGGCGCCAGCUCAGGAGGCUACGGACACUGCGGCCGUGGACCUGGAGCCAGCAACAGAAACCAGUGUUGCAGCCACCCCAGAGAGCAGACUGGCAGCCAGCACUCUGCCACGCAGCGACCACGGCGACCACAGCAGGACUCCUAUCGCAACUGCGCCGACGACAACCGCCCACACCACCCCCCCAACGGGUGACUCCACGGUCUCUCUCCUACGGACCCUUCCUCCAGAGAUGAACAGGAAGGUGCUGCUCCAGGCAGGUAGACAGGGGUCAGUGGAGGAAGUGCAGGUGCCGCUUUGGGCUUGUGCUGAUGUGGGGCAGAGACCAUGGACCACGUGGACCGCUCUGCACUAUGCAGCGAUGCAGGGACACACGGGUAUGGUGAGGUGUCUGAUCGGGAAUGGGGCAGAAGUGGAUGCCAGGAGCGACGCGGGGCACACGCCUCUACAUUUGGCUGCCUGGAAAGGCCAUGCGGCAGUGGUGCGGCUGCUGGCGGCGGCCUCCGCCGACGUCGAUGCCAGGGACCAGUGGGGUAGGACGCCGCUGCACUGGGCGGCACCCUACGGUCACACAGAGGCGGCGAAGGCGCUGCUGGAGGCAGGGGCCGAUAGGGACGCCACGGAGGACGCAGGGAAUACCGCGCUCGACUUGGCAAGAGUGAACAAGCGACAAUGGAUGGUAGAAAUCCUAUCUAGCAUUCCAACAAACGAUUGUGAUGUGUACUAAAUAAAGCAAGCGUUAAUACAUGAUUUCUCCUUCUCUUUAAAAUAAACCAUACAAAAUGUUAAA